GCAGAUAUGUAUGGUCUAGAUGGGCUGAAGGAAGUAGCUAUCUACAUUUUGAAAAGAGAUUACUGCAAUUUUUUCCAAAAGCCUGUUCCUGGAAAGCAGCAACCUGUACUAGAAUGCAUGGCUAUUGCUCAUUCACUGGGAGUGGAAAACUUAUAUGCUGCUUGCAUGAAAACCACAAGAAUGCUGCUUUCCUUUUGAUGGAGAGUGACCGGCUGAUGAAUAGUCUUCCCCAAGUGAAAUGGACAGAGGCAGCUGUGGCCUUGGCAUCUAAGCUACAAGAAGAAUGUGUAAUGUUUAUUGUGGCAAACUUCCUACAUGUAGUACAAAGUGAAGGCUUCUCUAUUUUGUUGCAGGCACAGGCAAUGAGCAGCAAACCGGAUCUUCUAGAACUAAUUCUUAAUGCAAUUGAAAAAAGUAUUAAUAAUGAGAAUAGCUGCUUUCUUCUUGUAGCUGUGGAUACAUUGUUGGACUCUACAAAUGUGAAGGACAUGGGUUUUACGUGCAAGAUCCAGGCUCUGCGUGAUAAGCUGUGGGUCUUCCUGGUUCAGUCUUUUUAUGCUGUUCGUCACACAGAAAGCUGGAAGCUGAUGAGGCCAGACCAUCAACACAAAAUACAAGCAGCUGCAUUUGACAAGGGUGAUGACCGGAGACUUGGCAAAAAACCUAUAUUCUCUAGUUCUCAGCUAAACAAAUCUAUUACUGAAUCUGCUGGCAUAAAGAAUACUUCCUGGAAAGAACACGGCAAGAAAGAUUGCUGGGGAGGUUCUUCCACUAAUCAGGAUAAAAUGAAAUCUGAUGGAUUAGGAGCAUCUGGACAUACAUCCAGCACCAACAGAAACACUGUUAAUAAGGCUUCAAAACAUGAGGAUGUAAAAGGGAAAGAUGGCAAAAAAAUAGUCUCCAAGAUUACUAAAGAUUCAAAACCUGGGGAAAAAGCUGCUUCACCAAAGGCUAGAGCUGUUAUAAAGACAAAAAUAGAAAACAAUGGAAAUGCAAAGGCAGAAGGCAUGCUUACCAAGCAAGAUACAGAAAAGACAUCAUCUGCAAGUGGACAAAAAAAUUCAGGAAGUGGUAAAGGACUAAAGAACCAUGAAGGAAAAACUGCAGGUGCCAGACCUAAAGUGCUAACAGUAACUUCAAGUGUGCAGAUCAAAACAAAGCCAUUGAAAAAAACGACAGAGAAGGACUCUCCCUCCUUAGUGACUGUGGCAGGAACUUCCAGCAAGUCAGCAAACUCAAACAUAGUUAUCCAGACUGCCAGUGAACAAACAGAAGAACCCAAAGAGGAUAAGUUAGUAGAGGAAGGGGCAAAACAGACUGUGAAAAUGAAACCAUCUGUGAAGACAUCAAAUGGAGUCACCAUAAAAAAAAAGACUGAGCUUGAGGCUAAUGUCACAACAAACAGUCUGACAAAAAAAUCGUCUGGAAAAGGGUGUAAUGAACAAAAUGUACAAGCUGGUAUAAAGAAAAAAGGGAAUGUGAGUAGCAAUUCUGCAGCACACCAAAAGACUCAAAACACACCUAUCAAUUCUCCCAAGACCCAAGGACCUCAGGGGGAGUCACCAAAUUCACUGAAAUCAGGAGUGUCUCCAAAACAUAAUGAAGAAAAAAAUGUUGUGCAACAUCUGGCUCAGACAACACUCCCAGAAAAACAACCUUCAGCCAAGAAGAAGAGUGUUAAGCAGUCACAAACACCUGCUGCAAAAGCCACUGCAAAAACAACAUCUAAACCUUUGGCUCCAUCAAAGCAUGCUGAGAUUAUGAACAAUAAAGACACAAAAGUGAAAGCAGUUGGGCAAUCUGUAUUAAAAUCUCAGUCCUCUGCCCAAAAACAUUCAAGGAGUGAAUCCCGUGUUGUCCAGAAGAAUGUGCACACCUCGGAGCACAGAGGUUCAGGUCAGAAACCUGAAAAAACCAUGGCUGAUGCUGUGGCAGGUCAGCUCAAUGACAAUAAUGAAUGCUAUUCUGCAAAGCAAAGUGAAUCUUCAAAACCUGUGAUGGAAGGUAGCAGCGAAGAGAAAAUGCAGGUGUCCUGUAAACCCAGUAAACAAAAAUUACCAGAUUCUUCUGAAAACGUGGAAUACAAAAUACAGUUGGAAUCAUCUUCUCCUCUAGUUACAGAAGAAACUGUUUCUAAAUUGCCCAUUUCCCUGCAAGAUGAGACAGAAGCAAGACAAAUCUGUGGAGAUCAGACUGGAGCUAAACGCAUUGAAGACACAGAAAAAGAUGAUGAAACAGCUGAGUUCAACUGUCAUGCGCAGUCUUCCAGUAAUGGAUACGUAGACUUUUCCAUGGAAACCAAUCCAAAAGCUACUGCUUCCGGACAACUGGUAAAACACGCAACAGCAACAGAAUUCUGUAGUGAACAAAGCAAUAAAUUAAAUUCUGAAACAGCUGUUAACAAUGGUGAAAAUGCUUUACCAAGCUCUUCCAGUACAAUAACCAGUGAAGAGGCUGAGACAUCAUCUCCUCAGAUUCAUAGGGAGGGGCUUCUUACAGCUGAUGAGCUGUGUGAUACAUCAGUCUUCACUGAAUAUAAAUCAGUUACUGCAGAUUUAGAUGAUGCUUCAGAAUGUUCAACAGAACAAAUAACAGAAAAAUGUUCACCUAGUUACACAGAGCCUAUAGAUCCUACAGACAUGCCAGAAAACCAUGAAAAUGCAGAAAUUCCCUUCAUGGACCACUGGAGUACUGGUGCGCUCGAUCCAAAAGAGAGUCCCGAAUCAGAUACUGGUAGUGCAACCACAUCCUCUGAUGAUAUAAAACCGAGAUCAGAAGAUUAUGAUGCUGGAGGCUCUCAGGAUGAUGAAGGAUCUAAUGAAAGAGGCAUUUCUAAAUGCAGCACUAUGUUGUGCCACGAUUUUCUUGGAAGAAGCAGCAGUGACACAAGUACACCUGAGGAAUUAAAAAUUUAUGACAGCAGCCUACGAAUAGAAGUGAAAAUGAAAAAAGAAAGUUCUGAUCUCUUCCGUGUUAAUUCAACAAGCGAUGAUGAAAUACCACGAAAAAGACCUGAAAUUUGGUCCCAUCCGGGAAGUACAAGGACCAAUAGUAGGGAAAGCAAAAGUUCUACUUUUGGUAAUACACAGUUUAGUCAGGAAGCAGACCAAGUUUCUUCUUCUGCUGAUGAAACAGAAGAUGACAGAUCUGAAGCAGAGAAUGUUGCAGAAAACAUCCCUCCAUCAAAUGUUCCUCCGCAACAGUUCCAAGGAAUUGAUAAUUUAGCUUUUGAAGAUGCAACAGAAAAUGAUACUGCCAGUCAAGAGUUUUCUAAAACCAAAAGUUUCAAACGAUCUGUUUUACUUUCAGUAGAUGAAUGCGAAGAACUGGGAUCUGAUGAUAGGGUGGAAACUCAUACUUCACGUCAGCAUUCAAUAGAUUCUCUUACUCCUUCAGAAGUAUUUGACAGUAUUUCUCAAGAGAACCACAGAAAGACAUUUUAUUCAAGGUGCACAGUGGAAAGUGAAGAUGGAUUCCUGGAUUGCAAGCAGCAUAAGGACAGAGAUAAUAGAUCGGAUAAAAGUGGAAGUUCUGUCCUACAUCUUCAUGGCACUGAAAUCCCAGGGAAGGAGAAUCAAGGUGCUUCAAUGACUAAACAGCAUAGCUCAGAGCAAGUAGAUUCAGCAGCCAGUCCAUGUCCGGGAGAGAACCAAAAAGUAAAUAUGAAGAAUGAGGUGGCUAGCGAAUUUCACCAGUGCAAUAAGUACUUAGACAAUGAUGCAAAAUCCCAAGAAAGACCAAGCCAUUUGGAUCUUCAUCAGAGAGAAACUAAUUCUGAUGUGCAAAAGAGCAGCUCUGCAAAACCUGUAGAAGCCAGUAAGAAUCAGAUACUGACUCAGGAAGGUCAAGAGAGAGACAGUCAACCAGCAUCUACUGAAUGCGCUAAUACUGAUUUACUUCCAGGAGACAUAGAUGAUUAUGACUCAAUGGCACAAACCUGCAUGUAUGAGCAUCGGCCUUCAAAAACCCUUUCUCCAAUAUAUGAAAUGGAUGUUGGAGAAGCAAUUGAGCAGAGGAUGGAUUCAGAAACAGCAGUUCUAGAUGUGGAUUUUGAAGAUCAGCAGUUUGCAGAACAGGACUGGACACUUCUCAGGCAAUUAUUAUCUGAGCAGGACUCAAAUAUAGGUUUCAAAAACUCUGUUCCUGAAGACCUUAACUUAGCACAAUGUCUUAUCAAUCAGACACUGUUUCUGGCACGAGAUGGUUCAAAUCCUCAGGGUACAUCACAAGUUGACACAUUCAGUAGGUGGACUGAACUAAUAUCUCCACUUGACGAUUCUUCAGCAAGUAUUACAGUGGCAAGCUUUUCAUCUGAAGAUUGUUCGUCCCCUCAAGGGGAAUGGACAAUUCUUGAACUUGAAACCCAUCAUUAAGGUGAUAAAUUGUUUCCAACUGAACUCCAACCUGUUCCCCAAAUCUAUUUUUGAUGAUUUAUUUUUUUUUCCCCCGUACGAUAAUGAAACACUGCGUCAGUCGAGAACGAGCAAUUCUUGAUACUGAGGCAAUCUUUCUGAUACAAUGAGGUAACUAUGUUAAUUUAUAAUCUAGAGUUAAUCACAGGUACAGUAAUUUUUUCAAGACUUAAAUGUAUGUCUUUUCUAAAAAUGAAAUUUGAGCAUGUGUUUUCUAGAAUUGUUAGAAAAAUUAGAUUACAUAAGAGGAAAAAAAAAAUCUUGGUUCCCACCCUUCCAUCUUCCUUUCUGACAUUUGCUAUUCAUAUCAAGCAAGAAUUUAGAGAUGAUGGCACAGUUAGUCGAGCUAACCCCAUCCCCUUCCCUCCCCCCGCACUUAUGGUGACUUCAUUUUCCAACAAUAAAGAUUCAGAGUGGUCAUGUCAAAAGGUGACGUGUGCCAGCACUGCUUGAAAAUGAUGGAAACAUAUUCAAGGAAAAUGUUUCAACGUGAAUCUGCCUUGGGCUUUAUUAAUAUGAGGAGUUUGCUUCAUCUGUUUCUUUCAGAUUUGAUUUCUGUAUUUUUGGUUUGUUCUGUUUAGAAGUUUCCAAUAAAUUUUUUACAUUGUCUUUCCUUUAAAGAGAAGACUUCAUGAGGGUCGGUGCUAUAGGAAGAGCACUGUUUCUUUCUUGGAAAUGCACAUAUUUAAACAUGUUUAAUAGCAUAGUGCAUGGAAUUCAGAGGAGUUGGUAGAAUGCUGCUCCUGUUCUAAAAAAACAGCAGAUCUGGAAUCUCCAAAUGUGUAUCUCAAGUCUGAAGUUGUGGUCAGUGUUACAUCAGAAGUUUAACAUUGAUUAGAACUACUUCAGCCUUCAGUUUAUUACACUUGCACCCUUCUGACUCUGAGGCAUUGAAAGAUGUUCAGAAAUUUGGGGUUGUUUAUUCUCGUGGAUACUGCAUUUGUUAGAGAGAGGGAUAACAUCAUUUUUGCAUCUUCAUUAAUACCUCUAGUGUAGCUUUCAUAUUGAGACUAAAUGAGAGCAUAACCAUUAUUCUGACGAAGAACGAAAUGGAAUAUAUUUCUCAGUACUGCUCAUUCUGCUGGUUUGGGGUAUUAAUACUGGUGUGGAUAGGACUGUUUGUUUUCUUCUCUGAUUUAACAGGGGAAAAAUUAAUUUCUUAAUUCUUACCAAGUCUGAACUCCUUCUGAAAUAUACAGUGUUUUUUCCCUGCAAAGGUUAGGCCUUAUAAGGUAUCUGCAUUGUGGAAAGAGCAGGGCUUGUAUUUCACACAGCUUAAAAUCUGAACAGGAAGCAUUCUACCUCCUCUUGAUCAUUAACAGAAGUGCCUUCAGAAUUGGGUACCCUAUGGCAGUAAAAGGCUACUAACAUCUUUUUAUUAAAGUUAUUUAAGAUAAGUGCACAACUUAACGUGACUGUAACCACUGAUAAUAUAGUCAGUUUUGCAAGCUUUUACACAGUUCCAGCAGUGCUUUAGCCAUAUUUUGAACAUCCUUCUGAAUUGAAAAAGUAACACUGGGGAGUGGCAUAUGAAGUUCCAUGUAUGUUACAGGAAAUACAAUGAUGUAUAGAAGUUUUUUAAUUGGGGGGGGGGGGGGAUUAUUAUUAUUAUUUCUUUUCCAGUUCUACGAAAAUUAAAUUAACUUCUCUCUUCAAGUCCCUGAUGAUGUUGUGGCAAUUACUUUAACAGUUUUGCAGUAGAGCAGUGAUUAGAAUUCUGUGUAUUGUUCAGUUGGUACAUAUGCAGCCAUAGAAUUCAGCUUCCCACAGCCAAAUAGACGCUGUAGAAGCAGCAGGAACAGAAAGUGGUAUUGUUUUAAAUUUGCGUUACCAGAGUGCCUGUGAGACUUAAUCAGACCAGCAUCCCACUGGCUAGACACUGUGCAAACACAGAACAAAAACAAAGACUCCCCACAGGGUGGUUAUAAUCCAAGUUAUGACAAAAGACAAAAAGAACAUGGAUGGAAAAGUAAAAUGAGAGUGUCAAUAUUUGUCUAGCUGAUUAGCAAUGGUUUCAGCACACCAUCAGUUUAAAUAUUGCCAUUUUUUUCUUCUGUAUGCAAUAUGAGAAGGGGAGAAUGCAGAGUGAGAUUUGAAGGCUUGUUAAUGAGGGAGCUUGUAAGAAUCUAUAUUCCUGGCCAGCUCUGAGUGCCAUCUAAACUCUGUUCCUUGACCUUGCUUAGUAGUCUUUUCUCACUCAGUCAGGUGUUCAAGCUUUAAGCAGGUGUAGGUGGCCAACUGUUUAACAGUAUCAGUCACCUGAGUUCUCUGGAGUCCUGCUCAUGCCUCCUGAUAGUGAUUUUUACCACUGUACUGAUCUCUUCUCUAAAAUGAGAAAAUGGACAAAAGUUUGUUUCAAAACAUUACAGAGAACCAAAGCUGGUGUUAUGGGCUCCAACUGAAUAGUGAUUAAAGGGUCCUGAGUGACCUCUAAAGCAAAGACAAGGUAUGUACAUCUGAUGAAAGAGUGAGGGGGCAUCAGGGAAGAAACUAACA